GUGUGGUGGUUUAUAUUUUUCGGGGUUUUUAUUAUGCCUCGAAGCAUUUCAGGAAUUAAUCGAUGGCGAGAUUAAUUUAUCGUGUUUAAUCGUUAGUUCGUACGGAGGACGAAUUCGAAUCAAAAAUCAAGAAAGCAUUGCUUUAAAUAAAGAAAAUUUUAUUAAAACAAUUUCAGUUUAUUCGGUUUAUCGGGCCUGUGGAACAGUUGUGCAACAAUUAAUUCAUGGAGUUUUUUGGCGAAACGGAAAACAAACUGUUGCAGCAUGA